AUGAUGAACAUGAAAAUUGUUUUAUUCAGUUUGUUGCUCCUUGUCAUAAGAUGCAAUAUCAUUAGUUGUAAUAAAAACGAAAAGAGCCAAGGUGUUGAUAUGAAUGUUUUGAAUAAUUAUGAAAAUUUAUUUAAAAUAGUUAAAUGUGAAUAUUGUCAUGAACAUACUUAUGUUAAAGGUAAGAAGCCUUACUCAGAUCCUCAAUGUGCUGCUAUAAAAGAAGAAUGCAAAGAAUUACUUAAGAAAAAAGAAUACACAGAUUCAGUUACAUAUAUAAUGGAUGGUUUUAAAUCAGCAAAUAGUUUAGAAAAUAAUGAUAAAAAAAAUAACGCUGAAGAAAUGAAAAAUUUAGUAAAUUUCUUACAAUCUCAUAAGAAAUUAAUUAAAGGAUUAAAAAAGAAUAUUGAAAGUAUACAAAAUAAGAAAUACUUAGUUUAUAAAAAUAAAUCAUAUAAUCCAUUAUUACUUACUUUUGUUAAAAAAAUGAAUAUGUUAAAAGAAAAUGUUGACUAUAUUCAAAAGAAUCAAAACUUAUUUAAAGAAUUAAUGGAUCAAAAAUCUAACUCUUCUUUUGUUGAUACCAAAAAAAAAAUCAUUUCUUUAAAAUCACAAGGUCAUAAAAAAGAAACCUCACAAAAUCAAAAUGAAAAUAAGGACAAUCAAAAAUAUCAAGAAGUUAAUGAUGAAGAAGAAGUUAAUGAUGAAGAAGAUAUUAAUGAUGAAGAAGAUGUUAAUGAUGAAGAAGAUAUUAAUGAUGAAGAAGAUGUUAAUGAUGAAGAAGAUGUAAAUGAUGAAGAAUAUUUAAAUGAUGAAGAAGAUCAUGAAAAUAAUAAUGGUACAGCAUACGAAUUAGGUAGUGUCCCAGUUAAUGAUGUAUUAAAUGGUAAUAUGAAAAAUAUGAUAACAGGAAAUAAUUUUAUGGAUGUUGUUAAAAGUACUUUAGCUCAAACAGGUGGAUUAGGAAGUAAUGAUUUAAGUAAUUUCUUAAAUCAAGGUAAAGAAAUAGGAGAAAAUUUAUUAAACAUAACAAAGAUGAACUUGGGAGAUAUGAAUAAUCUUGAAAGUUUCCCUUUAGAUCAAUUAAAUAUCUUAAAAGAUAAUUUAAUAUCCUAUGAAUUCAUAUUAGAAAAUUUGAAAACAAGUGUUUUAAAUAAAUUAAAAGAUUUAUUAUUAAGAUUAUUAUACAAAGCAUAUGUAUCAUAUAAGAAAAGAAAGGCUCAAGAAAAAGGAUUACCAGAACCUACUGUUACUAAUGAAGAAUAUGUUGAAGAAUUAAAGAAAGGUAUUCUAGAUAUGGGUAUUAAAUUAUUAUUUAGUAAAGUUAAAAGCUUAUUAUCAAAAUUAAAAAAUAAAAUAUUCCCUAAGAAAAAAGAACAAAAUCAAGCAGUAGAUACAAAAAAUCCAGGAGAAACUAAAGUUAAAGCACAACCAGCUCUUAGAGGUGGUGAACCAACUGAAGAUUCUAAUAUUAUGAACAGUAUUAAUAAUGUUAUGGAUGAAAUUGAUUUCUUUGAAAAAGAAUUAAUCGAAAAUAAUAAUACACCUAAUGUUGUACCACCAACUCAAUCAAAAAAAAACAAAAAUGUAACUGUAUCAGGUAUGAGUGAAAAUUUUGAUAAUCAUCCUGAAAAUUAUUUUAAAGAAGAAUAUUAUUAUGAUGAAAAUGAUGAUAUGGAAGUUAAAGUUAAAAAAAUCGGUGUCACAUUAAAAAAAUUUGAACCACUUAAAAAUGGAAAUCUUAGUGAAACCAUUAAAUUUGUUCAUUUAGGAAAUAAAGAUAAAAAACACAUAGAAGCUAUAAACAACGAUAUUCAAGUUAUUAAACAAGAAUUACAAGCUAUUUAUAAUGAACUUAUGAACUAUACAAAUGGAAACAAAAACGUUCAACAACUAUUUCAACAAAAUACUCUAGAAAAUGAAGUUCUUAAUCAAGAAACAGAGGAAGAAAUGGAAAAACAAGUUGAAGCCAUCAACAAGCAAAUAGAAGCUGAAGUGGAUGCACUCGCACCAAAAAAUAAGGAAGAAAAAGAAAAAGAAAAAGAAGAAGAGGAAGAAAUAGUACCAGAAAAUUUUACAACUGAAGAAUCAAAAUAA